AUGACAGAUUUAAACUGCAAUUGGGAAAAACUCUUGAAACGUGCUCACUCACCAGAUAAAGAAACUGAACAAAUGUUCAAUUAUAAUGAAGUCAAACAAAGCAAAACUGCUAUAGCCGAGCACGUCCAGCAAGAUCAUACCGAAAAAGACAAUCAAUACGGUUAUGGAAAAAGUUACCUCUACAUAUUGCCAAGAAAGAUAAGUAUCUAUGGACCACAUUUCAAAUACGGUCCGAAUCGUCGGCACUCGGAAGAGGAUGAUGACGGUGACGAUGGCAGAGAAGAACAUGGUUCAGAUGGUAGACCAUGUGAUUCCGAAUUAAAUGAAUCUAAUGGAAAACCGAGAGAAUCGGAAGAAGAGUCCCCAUCCGAUGUGCAGUUCUCAGAGGAUAACCUGAAGGGUAACAAAACUGACGAUCAAAAAAAGGCACUUCAAACCGCGUGA